AUGAAUACAGAGGGUACAAUAAAAAUAACUACUGAGUUUAGAGAUGGCCCGCUGCAUUUCACAAAGCGCUCUCACCCAAAGGCAGGGCCUAUAGAGAGGUUCCGAGCCCCGGCUGUCCAAAAGGGGGCGAAAUCAAAUCUGGACGAGGGUGGGCAUCUGGAAAAAUUGCACGGUGGAGACCGCAUCGGAGACGGGCCUCGAAGCACCCACAGCGUUGCGCACAGGGGAGAGGACACUCCGGAUGGAAAGCUCCCCGCCUGUUCUAAAGGCAGUCACACCAGGGGGCCCAUUCUACCAGCCAGCUCUCCUGACUCUCCACGAGACGCUCCCACACGACAAAGGAUGCCGCUCCCCCGCAACAGAUUCCGGCACUCCGGAGCGGCGCUGCAGUGUAGAGACCCGGGUCCCGCCCAGCCCCAGGGAGGAGGCGCAGCGCCCAGCUCACGCACCGGGCUCUGCGAGCCGCUUCCCGCCCGCUCCCUCCCGCGGCCGCGGCGGCGGCGGCGGCGGCAGCGGCCCGAGCGCGGGGCGGGCGAGGGGGCGGAGCCAGGGAGGAGCGGUGACGGCGGCGGCCCCGGCGGCGGCGGCAGGUGUGGAUCGGGUGGAGGUGCGGGGUAUCCGCUCGCGCCCGCGCGCACUAGAGGCCGGGAGUCUGGGUUCCGGGCGGCCUCCCUGAAGGUGCUUCGCGUGCGGCUUCGACCCGCGCACAACUUGGGGCACGGGCCAGGGACGCGCUGGUUCCGCGUCCGGCGCCGAGAGAAGACGCGCGGACCGGGAGGCGACCGGAGGGCGGCGGAGGCUGAGGGGAAGCAGGAUGCCGCCCCUGUUUGGGCCCCCUUCCCGCCCCCGCGAGGCCGCGCGGAGCUUCAGCGUCCCAGCCCUACCGGCAGGUGGAAGGGAAGACUUUGGAAAAGCAAAACACCGAAGAGUCGUGGUGUUGCUCCUGUAA